AGUAGUGUAGGCCUGAAAGGGAGCCUGGACUGUGUAACCGCAGGGUAGAGCCGCGAAUAGGCUUCGAAGCCACGCGAAGAUUUCACCUCCUUUUCUGGCCCUGUGAAAUUGGCUUGUUGUGAAAACAAGGAUUGGUGAUAAAGCUUCACUUGAGAUACCUGUUCCCCAUGAUAACUCUUCCAGGAAUAUAUUUCCCUUCCGAGGGAUAGAUUUCUCUCACUUCCAGUUGUCUCACCCCCGUUCUUAACUGCUUUAGUUCUUAUUUUAAGAGGAAAGAUGGAGCUUAUAAAUACAGAAUCUUUUGUGAGCCCUUUAAAGGGAUUUUUGACAUUUCCAUCAGAAACCCAAGGAAAGAAAAGUAAUCCCCUCCUUUGUAAAUUAGAUGAUAAACCACGCUUGUAUGUCAUUGGCAGUAUAGCAAAAGUGAACAAGAAAAUUGCUAAUUUAGAAGUGGGACUGAAAAGAUAUGACAGUAGUGAUGUAGUGAUUGAUGAUGCAGCACUUAAGAAACAUGCACUGCAAAGGGGUCUUAAAAAAGGGAAAGGGGUGAGCAAAAUAAAAGAGAAAGACCAAAAGGGGACACAGAAGUUUGGUGGCUACAGCUCAGAGACUGUCUCUCCAACAUCUCCAGGAAAAAUUGCUCAUAAGAAGAUUAUAGCCGAAACAGAUAAACUGGUGGAGUUGUUUCAGUAUCCAGGAUACUCUAAGGAAGAAACAACACCACUGCCAAAUGGAGUACAGCUAGAUGACAUUUUGGAGAAGGUGAUUCAGGCCCAGAGAAAAACAUCAAUUGCCCAGACAAGCUGGUCACUGAAAAUGCUGCGCAAGUUUCUCAGUGCUCCAUGCAUCCAGGCUAUUUUGCUGGACAGUUUCUGGUGGCAGUUUCUACAACUGUAUCAUCCAAAUAGAGAGAUUCAAGGAUAUUUAUUUGAACGCAUUGCAGAAAAUUAUUCCCGUAUCCUCUUGGGUUGCCACAAGGUUUCCAACCAGGAACACAUCCUUAUAUUUUUCCCAUCAAUAGUGAGUCAAGCUGUGUAUACCUGCUUCUGCUACAGUUUCCCAAGGUCCUGGUUCAAUACCCCGGAAUUCAAGGCCCAACUCUGUGAUGUAUUUUCUGAGUGGUUUGGAGGUAUCCUACAUGCUCCAGGGAGCUACAAGAAAUGGAAUUACGCCCAACUGGAACCGGAACGGUCCAGGAGAGAAGAUUUGCUCUCAGGGAAGACACAGUUGAAGGCUGGCAGUGGUGUUUCCUUUAGUAGUGACACGUUUUCUCAUGCUUUGCAAUUCCAAAAGAGGAGCAGAUCUCCAGGGAAGUCCACUAAAAUGACUAAGAGGACUACUUCUGGGCAAAAAGAUCAGCGUCCCAAAAAAGAAAUAGACUCCUUUUCUAAAUUUGCAUCAGGUGAUUACCAGCUUAAAGAGGAUGGGCAGAAGGAUUCAUGGAGCAAACAGCAGAGCUCACAAAAAAAGAAGAAACUGAAGAUUGCUUUGGUUCCUCGAGAGUCGCACCCAGCCUGUUCUGGCCCUGAAUUCAUCUGGCAUCGCUUUAAUAUUGGUGGACACAGCCCGCUAAUUGAACACUUCCUUGAAAAACGGCAUGCUCUGUCAAAGGGAGGAUGUGAGAUCUUUUUGCCUAGGAGGGAAAUCUGCAAGCCAAUACCAGAGUCUGCUCAGACUUAUGCGGAAGUGGUCAAAGAAGGUUUUAAUAUGAUCUGCCAUAGACACAAGGCAUUCAGAAGGACAUAUCUGAAAAAUCGGAAGGAAAUGAGGAGUUUUGAUCAACAGUUUAAGGCUAACCAAGAACUUUUCAGGCAAGAGAUGAAGGAAGAGAUGAAAAGAAGACUGGCCCAAAAGCAGAAAGAGUCACUCGCUACAGAAGCACUACAUAGUUCAGAAAAGAUUACAACUCAUUUCUCAAGAAUCUCCUUUGUGCUGCAAUAGUUUAAUAUAUAUGGCCUGUAACACAUCUUAAUUUCUUUCUGAAUUGAAUUAAAGUGUCCCAGAUUAAAAUCAAAGUGUAAAUAUUUGAGAUUGGCUUUUAUAAAUUAAUUUCGACAACACAAUUUUGAUAUAAUUUAUAGAAUAUAUUUUCAAAAGAUUUUAUAUAAAUAUAUUGCUGGUUUGAAACAUUUGUUCCCCAAAAACAAUAUAAGAUGAUGCUCUCAAACAGUGGUUGAUAUGUCAUUUCUUUUAUGAGUCAAAAUCUUUAAAAGGCUGAAGAAAAAUUUGUUGCCAGCAUUUUUAAGGAAUGAAUUGCACCUUAUGUUUCUUAUGUUAAAAUGUGUUGACGUUGCCCAGGGUUUCCUGGGCAACGUCUCUGUAGACAGCCGCUUCUCUCACACCAGAAGCGACUUGCAGUAUAUUCUCAAUUUGCUUUUGAUAUGAUUAAAAAAAACCCUAGUUUUCAAAAAAUAUUAUUUCAAAAAACAUUUUUUCACUCAUAUCAAUAGUAAUAUGUAAUUUAUUAUGCUCAUGUAAAACCAUUUUUGAUUCCUUGAAACAAUCUUAAAUUGUCAGUAUAUAGCAUGUUAUAAAACUAAACACGAUGCUAUUGGGCUGUUGGAUUAUGACCUAUUAGGAUCACAACCUAUUGGGGAUUAUGACCUGUUAGGAUCAUAACCUAUUGAGUGGCAGAGUUUCAGGAGUGUUCCUUUAGUUUAUUGAGUAAUGGAUGAUCACCGGGCACAUAAAUAUCUUGUUUCUAUUCUAUGUUCUCAGCAGACAAAAUUCAAGUAGACUUCUCUUUCAUAACAGACUUCCAAAGGACUCAAGCCUCAACUGUCUUCUAACUCCUGACACUGGCUUCUGCACUCUAACAGACUUAAGUCUCAACUGUCUUCUGUCAUCCUUUUAAAACUGAACAUUCUAAACAGUCACUGAACCAGUCACAUGGUCUGCAGCCCCUCCACUGCUUUAAGUACAUAGAGCUAAGAAAACUACAAACCAAGUAAGACAUACACUUCAGGAAAUAAACUGGCACAUUAUAAAACAGACAAAACAUUAAAUAUAGGAAGCUUGAUAAGGUUGCUAUCUCCAACAGAUACUGCUUCAGUUAAAAGGAACUUUUUAUUCCCUACAAAAAUGUGUUUUGGGACAUCUUUUUGAUUAGCAAACACUGCUAAGCUCUGAAGUAAGAUUUAGUCCAUUGUUUAUGAAAACAUUCAUUCGCUUCAAGACUACAUUUACAGUUUAUGAUUUACCUCAGUUUUUUUAUAUAUUUCCACUAUGGAAAUAUAAACAUCCGUUCUUGUACCUGCGAAGUAUCAUCUUUUGCAGAAUCAGCACAGAAUUCAGCCAUCUCUUUUCAAGUGUCUCUCCUUUGAAACGAUAAUGUAAAGGCAAUUUAUAGGUGGUGAAAAUAAAUUCUUUCAAACAA